GAAGGGAAAUGUGACUUGGGGUCUGUGUUUACGCUGUGUACCUUUGAUACCGUUUUCAUCCAGGUUCUUGGAAAAAUCUAUUUCUUUAUCAACAUUCUUUAUAUUUUCAUCUCCUCUAGAUGGUUUCAUCCAAAUAUUACUGGGGUGGAGGCAGAAAACCUGCUGCUAACGAGGGGAGUGGAUGGCAGCUUCCUGGCACGGCCCAGCAAAAGUAACCCAGGAGACUUCACACUCUCUGUGAGACGAACUGGAGCUGUCACCCACAUCAAGAUCCAGAACACAGGAGACUACUAUGACCUCUAUGGGGGAGAGAAGUUUGCUACAUUGGCUGAGCUAGUCCAGUACUACAUGGAACAUCAUGGACAGCUCAAGGAGAAGAAUGGAGAUGUUAUAGAGCUGAAAUAUCCACUGAACUGUGCUGAUCCUACGUCUGAAAGGUGGUUCCAUGGGCAUCUCUCUGGAAGAGAAGCUGAGAAGCUGUUAACAGAGAAGGGAAAGCAUGGGAGCUUUCUUGUGCGUGAGAGUCAGAGCCACCCUGGGGACUUUGUCCUCUCUGUCCGCACAGGAGACGAUAAAGGAGAGAGUAACGAUGGGAAAUCCAAAGUGACACAUGUCAUGAUCCACUGCCAGGACCUGAAAUACGAUGUUGGUGGAGGGGAGAAAUUUGACUCUCUGACAGAUCUGGUGGAACAUUACAAGAAGAAUCCCAUGGUGGAGACUUUGGGCACAGUAUUGCAACUCAAACAGCCCCUGAACACGACCCGGAUCAACGCCGCCGAGAUCGAGAGCCGAGUGCGAGAGCUGAGCAAGUUGGCAGAGACCACGGAUAAAGUCAAGCAAGGCUUCUGGGAAGAGUUUGAGACCCUGCAGCAGCAGGAGUGCAAACUCCUCUACAGCCGCAAGGAAGGGCAGCGGCAGGAAAACAAGAACAAAAACAGAUACAAGAACAUUUUACCCUUUGAUCACACCAGAGUUGUUCUCCAUGAUGGUGAUCCCAAUGAACCUGUCUCAGACUAUAUCAAUGCUAAUAUUAUUAUGCCUGAGUUUGAAACCAAGUGCAACAACUCCAAGCCAAAAAAAAGCUACAUUGCCACUCAAGGUUCCCUACAGAACACAGUGAAUGACUUUUGGAGGAUGGUGUUCCAGGAGAAUUCCCGAGUCAUUGUUAUGACCACAAAAGAAGUGGAAAGAGGAAAGAGUAAGUGUGUCAAGUACUGGCCUGAUGAGUAUUCCCUGAAGGAGUACGGGGUGAUGCGUGUUCGGAACGUGAAGGAAAGUGCAGCACACGACUACACACUCAGAGAGCUCAAACUUUCCAAAGUUGGGCAAGGGAACACAGAGAGAACAGUGUGGCAAUAUCACUUCAGGACUUGGCCUGACCACGGCGUGCCCAGUGACCCUGGGGGUGUGCUGGACUUCCUGGAGGAGGUGCACCACAAGCAGGAGAGCAUUCCUGAUGCAGGACCUGUCGUGGUCCACUGCAGUGCUGGGAUUGGGCGAACAGGAACUUUCAUUGUGAUUGAUAUUCUUAUUGACAUCAUCAGAGAAAAAGGUGUGGACUGUGAUAUUGAUGUUCCAAAGACCAUCCAGAUGGUGAGAUCCCAGAGGUCAGGAAUGGUGCAGACAGAGGCCCAGUACAGGUUUAUUUACAUGGCAGUUCAGCACUACAUCGAAACGCUACAGCGCAGGAUCGAGGAGGAGCAGAAGAGCAAGAGAAAAGGUCACGAAUACACAAACAUUAAAUACUCUUUAUCGGACCAGACGAGUGGAGAUCAGAGUCCUCUCCCACCCUGUAUCCCAACCCCGACGUGCCCAGAAAUGAGAGAAGAUAGUGCUAGAGUAUAUGAAAAUGUGGGGCUGAUGCAACAGCAGAAGAGUUUCAGAUGAGAGGAUGGACAGAGCCUUCCAUGCCAAGGCAGAAAUGAAUAUGGUUUUUCAAAAGGUCAAGAAAGAGAUGGAAGAAGCUUCACAUGAGCAGUGAACUCUGAGGACUUUGGUACCUUUUCAUUUACGGUUUUAAUCCUUCGACAGUAGGCAAAACUUAAAGACCAUCUAAAGAUUGUUUAUAUCUCUUCUCUCCAAUACCUGAUGAUUUCCAGUUGCUCAUUUUCCAAAUAAAAGGAAAUCCUUUCUACAAUGUAGACAACUACUUUGUAGAGUCAGUUUUGAAUCCUGCAAACGGUUGGACUGUCAUCCCUCUGUUUUUUCACUAGUGUCUUU